ACGAUGGCCAACCUGGGUUCGGGGGCCGACCCCCUGGAGACGCUGCAGGUGGAGGCCAGCUGCUCGGUGUGCCUGGGCUACCUGCAGGACCCCGUCAUCAUCGAGUGCGGCCACAACUUCUGCCGCCGCUGCAUCACCCGCUGGUGGGCUCACCUUUCCCGGGAUUUCCCUUGCCCGGUUUGUCGGAAAACCAGCCGGCACCGCUCCCUGCGCCCCAACCGCCAGCUGGGCAACAUGGUGGAGGCCGCCCGCCAGCUCCGCCGGGGCCUCAAGAGGAAGAGGAGGAGGCAGGAGGAAGACGAAGAAGAGGAGGAGGUGGUGGAAGGAGGAGGAGGAGGAGGAGGAGAAGAAAACCGUUGUCCCAUCCACGGCCGGGAGCUGGCUCGGUUCUGCCGGGAGGAUCAGACCCCCCUCUGCCUCCUCUGCCAGAUCUCCCACCCCCACCGAGCCCACCGCCUGCUGCCCCUGGAGGAGGCCGCUCUGGAGUAUAAGGAGAAGCUGCGGCGCUGCCUGGAGCUGCUGGAGCAGAAGCUGGAGGCCGUGGCCGGGUGCCGGGCGCGGGAGGAGAAGAAACCCAGCGAGCUGAAGCGGCAGGUGGCUGCCCGCCGGGAGUGCAUCUCCGAGGAGUUUGAGGAGCUGCGGGCGCUGCUGGCGGAGGAGGAGCGGGAGCUGCUGGGGCGCCUGGCGGAGGAGGAGCGGGAGAUCCUGCAGCGGGUCCAGGCCAACCUGGGGCGCCUCGGGGAGCGGCGCCGGGCACUGGCCGCGCUGGUGGCCGAGCUGGAGGAGAAGUGUCUGCAGCCGGGGGCUCGCAUGCUCCAGAAAGCAGGAUUUGGGGGGUGUCCCCCCCUACUUUGGGGCAGGUGCGAGGCGGCGCUGGCUCCGGUGGACGAUCCCGUUUCCGUCCCCAUCGAACUGGAAAAAAACUUCAGCAUUUUUCCCCGACAAUAUUUCACCCUCCGGAAAAUCACCCGCCGCCUCCUGGGCGAUGUGACGCUGGAUCCCGACACGGCUCAUCCCAACCUGGUGCUGUCGGAGGAUCGGAAGAGCGUGCGCUUCGCCGAGGUGGGACCCCGGGAUUUACCCGACACCCCGCGACGUUUCACCAUCUACCCCUGCGUUUUGGGGGCGCAGGGUUUCACCUCGGGGCGUCACUACUGGGAGGUGGAGGUGGGGGAUAAAACCCACUGGGCUCUGGGGGUGUGUAAGGAUUCUGUCAGUCGGAAAGGGGAGCCCACCCCCCUCCCGGAAACGGGAUAUUGGCGCGUCCGCCUCUGGAACGGGGAUAAAUACGCCGCCACCACCACCCCCUUCACCCCCCUGACGCUGCGGGUCAAACCCAAACGGGUGGGGGUUUUCCUGGAUUACGAAGCCGGAAAAGUGGCUUUUUAUAACGUGACCGAUCGAUCCCACAUCUACACCUUCAGCGACACCUUCACCGAAAAGAUCUGGCCACUUUUUUAUCCGGGGAUCCGAGCCGGGAGGAAAAACGCCGCACCUCUGGUUAUCCGCUCCCCCACGGAUUGGGAGUGAUGAUGGGGGGGGGAUGGAGAGGGGACAACUGGGAUCUGGGGAUCUAGGGAUCCGGCAGAGAUGGCCGGUGCCAACGGGAUCUGGGGAUCCGGCACCACUGGGAUUUGGCUCUCCAGUAUCUGGUACCACUGGGAUCCAGGGAUCUGGGACCACUGGGAUUUGGCUCUCCAAGAUCCAGCAUCACGGGGAUCCGGCACCACCAGGAUCCAGGGAUCCGGCAGAGAUGGCCGGUACCACCAGGAUCCGGGGAUCUGGGACCACUGGGAUUUGGCUCUCCAGUAUCUGGUACCACCGGGAUCUGGGGAUCUGGCACUACUGGGAUUUGGCUCUCCAGUAUCCAGCACCACCAGGAUCUGGGGAUCCGGCACCGCUGGGAUUUGGCUCUCGGAGAUCUGGCAUCACUGGGAUCCAGGGAUCCAGGAAUCUAGCUGAGAUGGCCGGUACCACCGGGAUCUGGGGAUCUGGGACCACUGGGAUUUGGCUUUCCAGUAUCUGGUACCACUGGGAUCCAGGGAUCCAGCAGAGAUGGCCGGUACCACUGGGAUCUG